ACACACUCACACACACAGAAGGACGCAGUGUCUGCACACACAUCGCAAGGGAAAGGAUGGACCACAAGAUGAUUGCCCUCCUCAUCGGCGUCGCUCUUCUCUGCGCUGCCACAGCGAUGCCAGCCAGUCAAGUGGUAAGCUGCUGCACAAGUGUGUCCAGCCGUAUCAGUAAAGGUCUGCUGAAGUUCGUGAACUGCUUCAACACCCAGAACGAGUAUAACUGUGACAUCAAGGCAGUGAUCCUCCACGUAGGGUCGCGGAAACUUUGCACAGAUCCGGCCAACCACCUGCUGAAGAAGUGGGUGCGGAUAAACAAAAGCAAGAGGCAAUGCCACGCCAGAAGCUGAGAAGACGGGCCAGCGAGGGGGCUCCGAGGCCGGGGCGGCCAACUGCUUCAUUCAGCUGACUGUGGGACCAUUUGCAAUUGGCUCCUUUCCCCAAUCCCAGGCACAUUACCACUGUCGGAAUGUUUACAAGCUACUUUUUGAUACUGGAGUCAAGGAUUACAGCCUAUGACAACAUUUUAUAGAGUGGUUGAACACUACAAUCCCCCAUCAGGUCUUUUGGCCUAUCUAGUCUGAGCCAAAUGUAGUCCCAUCAACCCAUACCCUGACCCUAAACCUCUACACACCGUCACUCCGUGUACAGCACUGUGUAAAAGUCGUGGGCUGGUACUGUACUAAUUUUAUUUAUUGCACUGUUCUGCUACUGCAAGCAAGAGCACAUUUCAUAACAUUUGUGAGUGAUGAUAAACCUGAUUCUGAUACGGGUCUUGAUUGUGGACUGAGAGUGGGAGAGGGCAAUCAUG